GAGGAACCCCCGUUAGGAGCGCCGGCUGUGGCUCCGGGAACCCGCCGUGUCCGGGACACACCUGAACACCAAUCCCGACCGCACGAAACGGCUAAACAAAGGGCUGUCCGGCGCCGGCUUUCCCCCGCCGCCUCCGAGAACGCCCAGCUCCCAGAGAGGUGACACCUAGGGGACUUUGCCUCCUCGCUCCCCUCCCCCCCUCGGGAGCCGCUUCCUCUUCCACGCUGUUUCCCCCUUUAAGAGAGGGCACCGCGGGACUAACGUUCGAAUCUACCCUGUCUCCCGUCCUCGGCUUGUGAUUGGCUUAUCCGGGCGCACGAGGGAGCGCGAGCGCUCCCCGAACCGGUCGGAACGGUCGCUGGUCCCUCCUGAUUGGCUGGCGCGAGAGGGCUAUAUAAAGCCGCCGGGUCGCCCGUCUCCCCUCAGUUAGCGGCGGGACUGGUUGCUAAGCUGCUGCGUCGUCGGUCGUGGCCGUGAGAAAGGGGGUCAGAGCUCGCGUCGCCGUUGUCCUGGUUGUUUGUUCAGUCGGUUUGGGCAGAGGGAGGAGCCGACGCGUCCCCGCCUCCGGCCCCACACCCUCACCGUUGACGGGACGAGAGGGAAGCCCCCCGUGAGUCAGACGCCUUAGAGCUGCGGAGGCGCCGGAGCGAGGGACGAUGGAGUUCAAACUGGAGGCUCACCGGAUCGUCAGCAUCUCCCUGGGCAAGAUCUACAACUCGAGGGUUCAGCGCGGCGGCAUCAAACUCCACAAGAACCUGCUGGUGUCCUUGGUGCUGCGCAGCGCCCGCCAGGUCUACCUGAGCGACCCUUGUCUGGGCGCCCCCGGGGCGGGGGGGCCCCCGCAGUCCCCGCCACCGCAGCAGCAGCAGCAGCCCGCCGGGGACCCCACCUCGGGCUGGGGAGAGGCGCUCCCGAGGGACAGCAGCAUGGAGCAGGACCCGGAGCCCGCCGGCGCUUCCUCGGCCGCCUCGGAACUGCCCGCCUUGCCCCUGGCGCUCGGGAAGCGCCCGCCCGAGGGGUCGCCGCCGCCGAGAGCCGAGGCUGUGCCCGAAGCCCCGAGGCGCCGCGUGGAGGCGGCGGAGGCGGAGAGAGGCGGCGGGGGGGAAGGCGCCCCGGAGGGGCCGCCUCGGGCGCGGCACUGUUGCUGCCGCCGCCUUGGCUGCCCUCCUCACGGCGCCCCUCGGGCGGACUGCGGCUGCCGCCAGCGCCAGGACGACGGGGCGCCGCCGCCGCCCGUCUGUCCCCGCAAGAGGAGCGCCUCGGGGGCCGGGGGCGGCCCCGCGGGCUGCCUGGCUUCGGGCGGCUCCCCGGUGAAGAAGCCCCGCCGGGACUCGGAGGAGCAGCCGGGCGAGGAGGAGGAGAUGGAGACCGGCAACGUGGCCAACCUCAUCACCAUCUUCGGCUCCAGUUUCUCCGGACUCUUGCGUAAAACCCCGGGGGGCGGCCGGGAGGACGAGGACGGCGAGGAGGAGGAGUCGCCGCGCGGGGCGGAAGCGGAGGAGCCCGGGCCCAUGUACUGCGAUAAGCCGGUGUUAAGAAACCUCAACCCCUGGAGCACUGCCAUCGUGGCCUUCUGAUCGGCCGGGGCCGGGGCCGGGGCCGGGGGGGGGGGGGGGGGGGGG